AUGUUCGGAGAGAAGGAGAAUGUUGUCGAAUACCGAAGCAGAAGAGGGGUCGAUCGCGGGCACCGGAUGUUGGGUGAUAUAGAAGCGCGGAAUAUGGACCGCUGGGCCGAUGAUGUUCUCAGGACGUACCAUAACUCCGCCGUACCAUGUACGCCCAAGAAUCCAUCACAUACCGAAGCGACGGACACCAGAUCGAGCAUAACAACAUCCGACACUGGGGGAUUGCGUACUGCCGAUGACCGAAUCGUUGCAUGCAGCAAUCCGCUGGCGGGUCCGAGUGUUCAGGCGCACUACGACUAUGCUCCUAGUCAUCACGGGCCGCCUCAUCCGAAUCUUGAGCAGACCCUGGGUUUGCUUCUUGCUGUAGUCGCAUUCAGUGCGCCGAACCAAACGAGCGCCGAAGACAACUUACUGGACCCGUCUCAUCGUGAUACGGCUUUGCCUAGUCAGAUUACGCAGGCACUCGGAGCGCUGACUUCACAUAUUGAAGUGCAGAGCGUGACGCUUCAGCGCGACCAAAUCGAUCCUGAACAUCUGGCGGUUGUCAAUCUUGGGGAUGAGGAAUUUGCGUUCGAUAGACGCACCGUUCCACCCCGUCCCGCGAUUGCCUUCUCGAAUGACCUUCCGAGGUUGUUUCGGGAGUGGCAUUCAUCGGACUGUUCGAAUGCGCUUGUCGUUAACGGGCGCGGUAUUCCCGUGAAGUACUGGCCCGCGAUCUUCAAGAAACGCGCGGGUCAUGGUACUGACACCUGGUCAAGCACACGUGGUAUCUGGGGUAAAUGGAAGUCCAUAGUACAGGAGCGAGAGAAAUUCACAUCCGAUGACGCAUUUUGGGCCGUGUAUCGCGAUGUGGAUGGGAAUCGACUUUGCUACCAGCAUCUGCUCGACAAGCUGCAAAAGCAGCGAAUGGAAGCAGAUGCACGCGAUGCCGCGAACGCGCGCGAGUUCUUCCGUGGCGAUCUCGACUCCCCAGCUGCAAGCGGUGCGUUUCGAUAUUACAAGGGCUCGUCUUACCGCGUCUGCACGAAGGACCAGCAAGUUGCAGAGCGCUGGAGGUCAUUGUUGGAGACCGACGCGCAAAUCGCUGAGUGCUGGCAUGCUACGCAGAUGGAGGGGGGAGAAAUGGAAGGCUUAGGAAUUGGCUAA